AUGAGCAACACAAUGCGCGCGAUCGCUGUGAAGGGCGGCAAGGGCCCGGCCACCUCACUCUACGUGGACUCUAUCCCCAAACCGGUGCCGGCUGCUGGCCAGGCCCUGGUCAAGAUCAAGGCUUUCGGUCUGAACCGAAUGGAUCUGCUGCAACGGGAGGGUUUGUAUCCGCUUCCACCGCAAGCGCCCGAGACGAUGGGCGUUGAGUUCUCCGGUACUGUGGAGGAGUUUGGCCCGGAUGGGCAUGAGGACUUUAAGGUGGGGGACGAGGUUCUCGGUCUUGCUUAUGGUGUGUGGUCGGUAGGUGCCUACGCGGAGUACAUUGCUGUCUCGACCAAGAUGCUCGUCCACAAGCCCAAGCAACUGUCGUGGGAGGAAGCUGCCGGUGUGCCCGAGACCUGGAUUACCGCGUCGCAGGCGCUCUUCCUGAUCGGCGAGUUCCAAGAAGGCCAGUCGGUGCUGUGGCACGCGGGUGCUUCUUCCGUCUCCAUUUCAGGCAUUCAGCUCGCCAAAGCCUCCGGGGCCAAAGCCAUCUACGCGACCGCGGGUUCGCAGGAAAAGAUUGAUUUCCUGGAGAAGGAGCUCGGCGUCACCAAGGCCUUCAACUACAAGACGCAGGACUGGGCCGCCGAGAUCCAGCAAGCGACGGGCGGCGCCGGUGUGAGCUUGAUUGUGGAUUUCAUCGGCGCAACCUACUUCCAGGGCAACCUGGACGCGGCAGCCCGCGACGGACGGGUAGUGUUGCUAGGUCUGAUGGGCGGGGGCAAGUUGCCGGAUGGAGUGAAUAUUGCGCCCUUGCUGUUCAAGCGGAUUCGGAUUGAGGGAAGUACGCUGCGCAGUCGCGACGAGGAGUAUCAGCGGAAGCUGCGGGAUACGCUAGUCGACCAUGCACUGCCCAAGUUCUGCGAUGGCACGUUUAAGGUGUUUGUGGAGAAGAUCUUCCCGUUCGACCAGAUCCUGCAGGCGCACCAGUUGCUGGAGAGCAACACGACCAAGGGGAAGAUUAUCUGCGUGGUUGAGUAA